GGUUGUCCAUGGCGUGGCUUCCACAGCUCCCUCCCUCCAUUCCAGCCAAACCAAGGUUUAGGUUUGACCCCAUGUCACAUCACACACCUUCCCGCUAACAUUUCCACUUCACCAUAGCUCGUUCUUUCGCUGGUUGCCGACUCUCGGAUGGCGGAGUCGAGGGGAGAAUCUAGCAACUGUGCGAUCAAGCCGUCAGCGUCGAUGGCGGCAAGCAGAGAGUUACUCACCGUCGGCGGCGAUUCCUUGCCUUUCUUGGAGCGUCUCUUGAAGCAACCAUGCAGAACGAACCAGCGCGCGCAGAAGCCGCCGCAGAAUCCGCCAGGCGCGGGGCAAGCACCGCCAUCGAUGUUCACGACGCCCGUUGCGGAGAGCUCAGGUUCGUUGCGGCGCGAACAUGAAGGGUUUGCCAAGGUUCGGGGUUCAGGCUUAUACAUAAUACAGGAUGCAAAUGUGAUACGGAUAUGCAAUUCGGGUACAAAUGCAAUGCACCACGCUACCUGCCAGGCUGCUCAGUUCCGCUUGAUAGAAACCUGGUGACUCUUUGGGUGCAUAUUGAAGAGGCUUAUAAAGGGUUCAAAUGCAAGUCUCCACGCCACCUACGAGGCUGGCUGCUCUGUGCCGCUUAAGGGAAACCUGGUGACAUGCCAGGCUUACAAAGGGUACAAAUACAUUACACCACGCCACCUACCGUCCUGCUCCGUGUUGCCUAACAGCGACCUGUAAGCUGCUGGGGAGAGGGUUAUCAAGUGUUCCGAGGUUAAAGAGUACCCGGAUCAGCACAUGUGUAGAUAUUGCAUGCCUAUCCGAAUCCCCGCCAAGCUUCUUGCUAAACUAUCCUCUAAGUCCUUUCUCUCCUUCCCCUUUCCAUUGUGCUGGUGUGCUGACCUACUGCUGCUAGCCUCGUCCCUGCCAUUUCUGCUCUAGAGGACAUCACUCGAAGCAACAAGGCGGCACUGAAGCUGAAGCAGGAGGACCAGUCACGGGUCUCACAGGCGAACAGUCACGUGAGGAGUCAGGGUGCUCGGAGAUUAGAAUUGUCGGUCAAUUCGCGGAUCAUGGCGGAAGCGAAGUCUCAGGCCCAGGGGUACCGUACCGAAGCGUCCCACCUGAGGGGCGUGCUGGCAGCGGUGUUGGGCGAGUUUCACGAUGCCGACACCAUGGACGCCGCUGUUGAAAUGGCGCAGCUCUGCCAGCUUCUCGCUGUCUCCGACCCGCAUUCUAUCCCCAGCGCUGUGACCCACCUAUCAACGCGCGCGUGGCACUGCCAGCAGCUGCUGCAGCAGAUGAAACAGACCCAGGCGGGCUUGCAGGCGAGAGCGGAGGAGGUGGCUGCUCUUGCUGAGUGCGUUGAGAGCUGGAAGGCGCAGCUGCCAUCGGACGAUGACAUCAGCAGGGCCACGGAUGACGUGGCAGACAGGACGAGGAGAAUGGCGCAGGAGCAGCAGCAGCUGAGCCUGCAGCGGUCCGCGGCUCAGGGCUCUCUCGAGGCGGCAAGCUACAGUGCUGAUGUGGACAUGGCCGCCCUGCUACAGCUGGCAGAGGAGGUGCAGGGGGAGGAGGAAGCGGUGGGGCGGCUGCAGCAGGAUCUCGCGAUCUACUCUGACUUGCCCACGGACAUCACCCUGGCUCACAAACACCUGGCGAGGGAGAGGGAGAGGCUGCGAGCGCUGUCAAAGAAGCUGCAGGCGUGGAGCAUGGGGGAGAUAGACGAGGGAGUCAGUUCAGCUCAGAAGCCACCUGGCGAGGGAAAGGCAGAGGCUGCGAGUUCUGUUGAGGAAGCUGCAGAUGUGGAGCUUGGGGCAGCUGGAGGAGGGUGCGGGGCGUUAGGGGCAUGAGGGGCAUGAGGGGCAUGAGGAGCAUGGGGGGCAUGAGGAGCAUGAGGAGCAUGGGGGGCAUGAGGGGCCUGAGGGGUGUGAGGGCCGUGAGGGGCAUUUUGGAGAUGGAAGCCACCUGGCAAGGGAGAGGUAGAGGCUGUCAGGCUGUCGAAGAAGCAUGGGGGAGAUAGAGAGCCUGGGGUACGGGCCCAGGUCCCCAGGGGAGUGGGCCACGGGCAAGCUGGAGGACCUGAGCUGCCGAGACCCGGGGUCUAGGAGUGCAAGAGUUGGGCACAUGGUGAGGGGCCUAGCGAAGCUGCAGCGUGGAGCAUGGGGGGGCCGUGGGAGGGGCAGGGGCUCGCACUGAGGAGAAGGGGGGCUCGUAUGGCUGUCCUGUCCUGGGUUCUAGGUCUACCGGAGCCUGUUCAAAGGGUGCCUGGUCGGGUGUUGAGGGGGGGCGGGGAGAGGGGGAGAAGAACUGUGUGCAUGGGCGAGCUUGAGGAAGCCGAGGGCACGUGCUGCUGCUGUUUUCAGGGACCAGAAAACCUAGAAACGCAUGCCAUUAUCGGUAGGUUUCAACUCCAAUGAAUGAAUCGAGGUGCAGGCAAGAGUACAGUGUACACUUCAUCCAUAGCAUGUCAGUCAGGGUGUGUCCAGCGCGUGCGUCUUUUUGUCAAAACCCUACCCAACCAUUUUAGAUUUGUUAUCGAUCUUUCUGACCAGUGAGGCACCUCACCUCACCCUACCGCAAUCAAACGUACCGGUAUGU